CCCUAGCUAUUUUGGAUAAUUGUGUUUUGUUUGUGUUUUGAAUUUCAAGUCACUGUAGUAUUUGAUUAAAUAUUUUGUUUAAACUUUCUCCUCACACUUGAAAAGUUUUUCUAUUUAUAAGAAACUCUAAUUUUUUUACAAUGAAACGUAAAGGGAAUGAAUUAGCAUUAAUAGAUAACCGGAGUGUCAAGAGGAUCAAUGAUGGGGUAUAUGACAGAACAUCGAGCUUAAUCGCUCCCAUAAUGGCCCUGGAAGGUCACCAGGGAGACAUAUUUGCUGUAAAAUUUCAUCCCGAAGGACAAUAUCUAGCUUCCACUGGAUUCGAUAGACAAAUAUUGAUCUGGAAUGCUUUUGGAGAAUGUGAGAAUAUCUCGAUGAUGACGGGUCACACUGGCGCCAUUUUGGAGAUGCACUUCUCAACUGAUGGCGGCACCAUCUUCACAUGCAGCACAGACACCACCCUGGCGCUGUGGGACCUCGCCACUGGCAACCGCAUCAAGAAGCUUAAAGGACAUACGAACUUUGUGAACUCGUGCCACCCGGCGCGGAGGGGCCCGCAACUGCUGGCGAGUGGCUCGGAUGACGGCACGGCUAGAGUGUGGGACACGCGCAAGAAGGGCCACGCCACCACACUCAACAACACCUACCAGGUCACCGCGGUCACCUUCAACGACACCGCCGAGCAGCUGAUCUCAGCCGGCAUCGACAAUGACGUCAAGGUGUGGGAUCUAAGAAAAAACGCAGUGAUUCAGAAAAUGAGGGGUCAUACAGACACAGUGACCGGCCUGAGUUUGUCUCCGGACGGCUCCUACCUGUUAUCCAAUGCAAUGGACAAUUCGCUGCGCAUCUGGGAUGUCAGGCCGUAUGCUCCUCAAGAGCGGUGUGUCAAAAUUCUCUCCGGUCACCAGCACAAUUUUGAAAAGAACCUGCUGCGCUGCUGUUGGUCGUGGGACGGGUCGCGGGUGUCAGCCGGCUCGGCCGACAGGUUCGUCUACAUCUGGGACACGACGUCGCGACGCAUCGUCUACAAGCUACCCGGUCACAACGGCAGUGUUAACGACGUCCAUUUCCACCCCAGUCAACCUAUCAUUAUGUCUGGGUCCAGUGAUAAGGUGAUAUAUCUUGGCGAGCUUGAAUGAAGACUCCUAUUUUAUUUCGAAUUCAUUUAUUGAGAUUAUAAUAAAAUAGUACGUAUAAUUAAUAAAACGUUUUUUAAUAUGAAUAAGAAUAACAGAGAUUCCAAUUAUUUCUACAUACUCGAAUUUCUAAAAUAGGGGAAAGUCCCAUUACAAACUCCAAUAAUUCUAUCCAAGAAACUAUUAUUACCAUUAACAAUGUCAUUCUUGUUCAGAAUAAUAGAUUGCUGGAUGAAGGUACAAGGCACAUAUCAAUCACAAACCUUGCAACGGAAUUCAUUCAUUACAAAUAAAUAAGGAUUGAAUAGAUUGGAAUUUUGUAUUAUAAUACCACUAAAGUGAUAUUGUAAUAUAUUUUGUCUUUUGGAGGGUAACAUACCCAUCGAUAUUUAUUUAUAUAAUCUAUCAACAACACUGAUGAGAUCAAACUAAGAAAAAUAAUGUCUCAUACCAACAACAUAUUACAUUCAUUUAAAAAUUGAGCAAAAUCAAACACCUAAAAUUGAAAAUUCAAAAAUAUUAUAAGAUUGUUAAGUGAAACUCAUCUUUCUCUAAGUCAUAGGAAUUAUUUUAAGGGGAACAUUAUUAUAGCUGAGUAAAUGACAAGAGUCAAAUCUCUAUUAUUUCCCAUUAGGGCUAUAAACUUUAUAAUACAACAAUUAGUGACUUGUUCAACUACAAUGAAAAAGUUAACAAAUAAUAUAUAUUUUCUGUAUAACAGAAGUUUCAUAUCAUGGAGAUUUUCACAUAAAAUUAUUAUAUCCAAUUAUCACUUUAUUGUUUUACAACAACUCAAACUGAUUUAUGUUUGACAUAAACGUUUGAAGAAUUAACUAGUAACUACGUAGUUCAGAAGCAUCAAUACAAAAAAUCUGAAGAAUGUAAAAUUCUUGAAUAAAAAAUACAUACAUUAAAUAAAAAUAGUAAAAGUCAUAUUAUAUUUUUAUUUCUGGUCUGCAUUAGUUCGGAUAUCGUACCAUAGAAUAUGGUAGGUAGAACAUACAGAAACUGUAUGCUUUCUCUAUUAUUGUACUGAUCAGAUAAAAUUCUUAUUUUAUUUAUUAGGUUAUCACAAACAAUAAAGAAGUUUACAAUGAUCGGAAAAGAAAAAAACAGGCUAUUGCCCAAAACCUUUUCAAUUUCCUAAUUUAGUUUCAAAUUGUCCAAAUAUUAUGCAUAGGUUAUGUAUAAAUAAAAAUAGCACUAUUAGCUGAAGUUGUAGCAUCGGCAAAGUAAUGGCAGAUACGGAAGUUCCAAAAGUCAGUGACCAUGAGAACGAUAUACGAUAAACGUUUUAUUCAAAGAACCAGUUCCAUCAUGAUUGUAGUGGGGAGUGCCUCAAAACGGCGAGUUUCAAUUUGUCUAGUGUAUGAACAUAACCUAAAAGGAGUGUCUCAGAACUGCGAGUUUCAAUAUUAAUAUUUGUCCAGUGCAUGAACAUAACCUAAAAGGUUUGGUUCAAUUAGGUUUUAAAGGUAAAAGGCAAGGCUAGGUUUAGGCUUUUGAAUGACAUUUGAAAUGUGUUGAUAUUUAAAAACACAAAUAACAAAAAGUUGAAAUAUUUUGAGAUAUCGCAAUUACGAAUGACACCCAUGCAAUCUCCCACCAUCACUAGUUACAGUGGUAAACGCCUUUGACCUAGCAACUAGUUAGAGCGUAGUAAGCUACAAAUUAUGACUUAUCUCAAGGAAGUGUCGAUUUUGAAAACAUUGUAUUUGAUAUUGGUAUCCUGUAUGUGUACUAGAAUUAUUACAGAUGUUGUUACUUUCAACUGACCGAAACCUAAAUAAAUCUUUCUUUGACCCCACUGGUGGAGGGGACCCCCUCCUUUACCGACACUUGUUUUUUUGAAAUCCUGAAGUUUACAUCCUUAUUAUCCAAUUGACUAAUGCGAUUAGUCAAUCGGAUUAAUCUACGCAUUGAUUGCGAUGUUAAAGGUGAAAGGCUUCGAUGAUGUUGGCAAAUUUGUUGUGGGUGAAAAUAACCAUUUAUCUCAACACAGAGGAACAGGCCAAGAGGCGGGAGCAGAGGGAGGCCACAUCAAACAGGAGUAAUAAGAGAGGCAUUAGAGAGACAGCUGGAAAGAGGUGAAGUGCAAGCUCAGAAACGGAACAGGCCAAGAGGCGGGAGCAGAGGAAGGCCAUAUCAAACAGGAUAAUAAGAGAGGCAUGAGAGAGACAGCUGAUUAACAUAAAAUAGACAGCUGAUCGAAAGAGGUGAAGUGCAAGCUCAGAAACGGAACAGGCCAAGAGGCGGGAGCAGAGGGAGGCCACAUCAAACAGGAUAAUAAGAGAGACAACUGAUGAACAUAUGAGAGACGGCUGAUGAACA